CCAUCUGUGCAGGAACACAACCGAGCCAUAUUUCACGGACCCUUCACCUCGAGCGUAAUUCAUUAUAUAUCGGGAUCUUCAUCUAUUAAAGGUCCUUUAACAGUGCAGAGAUGCGGAUCGCUGCGGUAGUGUGUUUCAUAUCUGCACUGACUUUCAUUGCACAUGCAGAUGUGUAUUUUAAAGAACAAUUUCUGGACGGAGAUGGUUGGAAAAGCCGAUGGGUCGAAUCCAAGCACAAAUCCGACUACGGCCAGUGGAAACUGACCUCAGGGAAGUUCUAUGGUGAUGCCGAGCUUGAUAAAGGUUUGCAGACAAGUCAAGAUGCCCGGUUUUAUGCUCUAUCCAGUCGCUUUGACUCGUUUAGUAAUGAGGGUAAAACACUUGUCGUCCAGUUCACUGUGAAACAUGAGCAGAAGAUUGACUGUGGCGGUGGGUAUGUGAAAAUAUUUCCCGCUGACUUGGACCAGACCGAAAUGCAUGGCGAUUCACAGUACUACAUCAUGUUCGGACCCGACAUUUGUGGCUACAGUACCAAGAAAGUUCACGUCAUUUUCAACUACAAAGGCCAGAACCACCUAAUCAAGAAGGACAUCAAAUGCAAAGACGAUGAACUCACGCAUGUGUAUACGCUAAUCCUGCGGCCAGACCAGACGUAUGAAGUGAAAAUUGACAACGAAAAAGUGGAGUCAGGUUCUCUGGAGGAAGAUUGGGAUUUCCUUCCUCCAAAAAAGAUCAAAGAUCCAGAGGCCAAGAAGCCAGAGGAUUGGGAUGACCGGGCGAAAAUCGACGAUCCUGAUGACACGAAACCUGAGGAUUGGGACAAACCUGAGAACAUUCCCGACCCUGAUGCCAAGAAACCAGACGAUUGGGAUGAAGACAUGGACGGAGAAUGGGAACCUGCCAUGAUCCCGAACCCUGAGUACAAGGGUGAGUGGAAACCAAAACAGAUUGACAACCCCAACUACAAAGGCACCUGGAUUCACCCUGAAAUCGACAACCCUGAAUACACCCCAGAUGACACCAUUUACAAAUUUGACAACAUUGGCAUUCUGGGACUGGAUCUUUGGCAGGUGAAAUCUGGAACGAUCUUUGAUAACUUCCUGAUCACUGAUGAUGUUGAAGAGGCCGAAAAAUUUGGUACAGAAACGUGGGGCGCAACAAAGGAACCAGAAAAGAAAAUGAAGGACCAGCAGGAAGAGGAAGAAAGGAAAAAGCGUGAAGAGGAGGAAAAGAGCAAGAAGGAUGAUGAUAAUGAGGAAGAUGAAGAGGAGGAAGAUGAUGAUAAUGAGCCAGACGAGGAAGAGCACACAGAAGAACCUUCUGAGGAGGAGGAAGAGGAGGGUGAGGAUGAUAAGAUCCCUAAAGAUGAGUUGUGAAGAGGAGUUCCCUUUCUGAAUGAGCAGAUCUGCUGCGUUUCUGACGUCUUUUUCUUUGUGGUGUGAAUUUUUGGCCCCGCCCCUUUCUAGUCACAUGUUGCAUCCCUAAACUCUGAUUUCUUUCAUUUUUGCUGCUAGAUGCCCCCCAAAAUAUUCAUAGUACGGCCCGAUAAACUAUAAAUUAAUUAAUGUUUGGGUUUUCUGUUCUGUGUGGAGUCGCGCAAGGGAAAAAUUCGAAUGCAUCAUUUGUUGGAUUUGCACUUUUUUUAAAUAAAUGAUUUAUUUUUAAA